CUCAGCUGAAACCAAAACUCGUCUUCUUCAUUAAAUUGAACCUUACGCACAACCACUCCCAAACAACAACAUAAAGAAUAAAGCUUUAUUCUUCCGGAUUUAAGCGCCAACACCAAGAUUUCAUUAUCAUUUCUUGAAGCUUUCCUCAUGGGAAAGCAAAACCCACGGGUUCUUUCGAAUUCCCCGGGGAAGAAUGAUGCAGAGCAAGAACAGGAAAAUAGACUGGAUGAUGAUGAUGAUGAUGAUGAUGAUGAAGCUUUAUCUCUAAGUGAUCUACCUAAUGAUCAACAGGAAAAUCAAUUCAAGAAAGAACCCCCUGUUCCCGGCGAUGAGUCGGAACAGGGAGAAUUUGAUUUUUGUUCGCUGGCCGGUUCGAUGAAGGAGUCGGAGAUGUGUCUUGCCGACGAGCUGUUCUUUCGGGGCAAGAUUUUGCCUCUCCGGCGACACUCCGUCAGCGCCGAUUCCGCUUCCGCCGCACUCCGCUGCAAUUCCAUGGAACGGUGUCGUUCCGCGACCAGCGCCAGCAGCCGGAGCAGCAGCACAAGAAGCCACCAGUCAUCCAGCUCCGCCACCUCGUCCGCCGCCGCAAGCGGCAAGCCGCCCAGAUCCUGGAACCGGUUCCAGUUCUCCCAGCCGAGCCCGACGCCCCAUAUUCGGCUCCCCAAGGCUUCUUCCCGAGGACCCACCGCCUCGUCCAACGGCCACCCCCGGAGCUCCUCCUCCUCCGCGCUCUGGACCCUGUUUCGGGUCGGGCUCGUGACAAUGCCCGAAUUCGGGUCACGGAGUUUCACCCGAGUAACGAGCCGGGACAAGUCAGACCACGACAACAACAACAACAACAACAACCGUUCGAAGGUUGUCCGAAGCGUCAGCAGCGGCGGCAGUGUUGACAGCAGCAGAAGCAACGCCGUCACGAAGAAGCUGAAGCAGAUUUUCGUGCAUAAAAACAUGGCCUUUUUCGAGACCUGCAAGUGCUCUGUUAAUUCGGUCGAAAACGUUCCUCUGAGAUCCGACAUUAAUGGAGAAGAAGACAAGAAGAAAAAGAAGAAGAAGAAAGAUCGAGUGGUUUCUGGAAAACAAUCCAUGUCACGGAUUCGAACGUUUGAAUGGUUAAAGCAACUUUCACUGGACGGAGAUGCUGCCACUGAACACCGAGUAGAUCGGAAUGUUAACCAUUAAUCUUGCUUUUUAACUCCAUGCUUUUUUGUGUUCUUAUUGUUUUUUUUUUAAAAAAAAUUCUAUGUGGAACAAUGAAGGAUUAAUCAAGAGUUACCCUAAUG